GUCCAGCAUCAUUUUCUUAUUGAAUUGAAUUUCUGAAGAUUGCGUUCGCGCCCCUCCGCAUCUUCGCAAGAAACAACACUUCCUUCAGUGCAACCAGUGCACAUACAGCAAAUAAACGACCGAGUAACCAAUACGUGGUGCAUAUUCAUUGCGUCACAAUCCUAUUUCUCACAACGAACCACGCGACAAUGCGAUAGAAUUCAAGAGUACAAAUCAUGGCGGACGAUGGUGGUCUGGAAGCUCUCCAGGCUUUGCAUAAAAAUCUGAGCAACACAACCGAGGCGCUCAAAGCCGAUCGCGAAUUUGAGGCCCGGAAUGAGUUGAUACUGCGCUUUUUACAAAGUUCCGGGGCUCUCUUGGACGACUUGACCCCGACGUUUAGGGGAUUACUAGAAAGACCCGGAAGAAAAAAAGAAAGUCGAGAUGCUGUGCUGUCAGGAAAAGUCACAAUAUCUGACGAAGAGUAUUCUCUGAAUAAGGACUUUCAAGAGCUCACACUACAAAUUGCCGACGGUUUGGAGCUAGACGAGAUCGAAGCAGCCAAAUUGGCCCUCCUUGCCGAAGAUGAAGAGAUCGCAUGGGGACGUUCUAGGAAGGAAUGCGCCAUCAUACGGUUCCAUAAGCAGAGAAACUACUUGCUCAACUGCAUGCUGUUGCUUUUGGAACUUGCUAAGGAGGAGGAUGAAAUUGUCGCUGAAGGAGUCGGUGAGAACCUCGGAGCCCUUGGAAGUCUUAGUCGAUACGUAAGCGAAAAUAUCCUUCGAGAGAACCUUCCUGGCAUUACCAAUUCCCCAUCGCAACCGAGAUUCGUGCCUACGUGCGCGUCAACGAUGGGCGACAUCAGAACGUGGCUUCAAAAACUCGCUGAGCAGGUCGCGAGUGCCGCAGUAUUAGGCGUUGCUAGCGAGGCUCGAUUUCAAGAGACCGUGGAAUUUACAUAUGUCAGCUUGACUCAACAGCAUGAGCUCCUCUCGGUCAUUCUCUGUCACGCAAUCGAGAAACACGUCGCGAUCGAGAACGAUUUCCUUGAUUUUCUUCGGAUACUAAAGCAGGCUACUAGAUAUGAUUCCUGUACUGUACAUCUUGUACCUGUUCUCGGCACUUAUAUUACGAUUUUCGGUUCUACGGAGGGUAGUGGAAGUGUGGAACAAGCGAGAAAGUUGAACCGUAUCGUUUGUCAACAAUCGGAAGACGAAGUUCGAAGCUUGCCUUUUCUCAGCGCAGCGGUAAGAGCUUGGUGGAUUGCCGAAUAUAGUGGUUGGUAUAUGGAUGAUGCUGCCGGUUCAGGUCUUUCUGGUAUUGAUAUUGACGAAGAGGACAAAGAGAGGUCGAAACAGUUCGCUGAAGCAUUGAGGGAUGGCGCCUUUGACUUUAUGCUGGCAGUUAUUGCCGAUGUCAAAGCAUCUGAGUGGGAAGAUGCUGCUCGAAAAUCAUUACGGCAAUGGCUGCGAAAGCGAACUCCAACACUAUCCCUCGAUACUAUUCCAUUUACAGAACCAUUUCAGGUUCGCCUUGCGGCAAAACUUGAGACCUUUGUAGAUGCCUUCAUAUCCAACAUGCCCGAUGUACUUCGAAGACUGAAAAUCGAGGAGGAUGAGCAGCGCCAGACCAGCCAAGCCCAGGAACAAGACUAUGACUUGGAAAGGUUCCUUCUUAUUAUCGCUUACUCGUUCGAAGGCCGCCCAGAGGCCGCGGAUGGUUUUUGGGGUGAUCCCGAGAAUAAUCUAGCGGGGUUUCUUCAGUGGGCAUCUCGGAGAGCGACGACCCCAGUGCAGGCCGCGUUUUGUGAGAUGCUACAAUCCUUAUCCGAGGAUGAACCCUCUGCCAAAUCUGCGCAUGAAUUUCUUCUAGAUGAGGCUCACCAAAUUCGAAAGCCAUUGACCAUCACAUGGGCUCACAUCAUCCAUGAGUUGGAAUACUUUGCUAAUAAAAGCAGAGAGAAACCCGCCGCAACCCAGGUCAGCAUGAACAGGGCUGUAAAAGUCAACCCGGAACAAGCCGAGACCGAACCAGAAUUCGCGGCAAUGCUAGAAUCCUAUCUGAGACUCAUGGCUAAGCUGGCUGCUCAAAGCGAGGCAGCACGUAAAUAUCUGCUUGAGCAGCCACAUCUACUUAGGGUGCUCUUCCAGGUAGUGAGCAGCUUAGUUGCACCUCGGAUCAGAGCGUGUACGUUUAGGGCGCUAUCCGCCCUCCUUAAUCGAAAGACCAUUGAACAAAACAACGUUUUGUGGCAGUAUCUAGAAGCGUGCCUCUCUGGGCGCUUCUUCCUGUCUACAAAUAGAGCCGGGUCUUCAAGUGCUCAGCCCCCAUCUUUUUACAUGGAGGGACUCUUUCAAGAGAUGAGUCCGCACGCCGACGAUGCUAUUGCUUUCAUACAAUUACUACAUGCUUUGACGUCUCUUCCAGAAGGAUCUAGCUCUCUUAGGGAUUUGCUACCGUAUCCGAAAGAUCUGGGCGCAUCGACUCGGAUGCGCCCCGGAAUCGAGCCGUAUAUCGACUUCGCUCUAGGGCACAUGUUCUCUGUACGAGCCCAGGAUAUUCCAGAAGUGGUGCAGCAGAGAAUGCUACGGUUAUGUUGCUUGGAAUUCGCAUUGACUUGCGUUUCCACCUUCAACGAAGACUUGAUUAUAUUUAGCAACGAAACUAACAUCAAUGUCGAUUCUGCUAUAAAAUGCGACAGCCUAGAGAAUUACGUCACAUUACACCCGUUCGCUAGAGUCAUGGAGUGGAUGUAUGACGCCAAAUUCAUGAAGGGCAUCCUCGACACGAUACAUCAAAACCGAGCCGAUAUUGAAAAGGCUACACAAGAUUCACCUCUCAUCCUCAGUAUUCUCCGCGCAAUCGAGCUUAUCUCUAAGGCCUUAGACCUUCAAGCUACUUAUACUAAUCUUAUUCGGCCGAUUGUGAAGCCGCAGUCUCGAACACAAGGUCGUUCGCCGUAUAUACCAGUAUCAAAUGGGGCGUUAGCUUCUAUAGAAGAUGGUCUCAUGAUGAGUAUGGCGCUGAUGGCCGACCUUGGCGGCUACUGUGGCAUUGGGCAUCCAGAUUUGACUUUGGCAAGUUUGAAACUCUUGGAGAAGAUAUCCGCAUCGCCUAGGAUAAUUUCCGUUUGGCACUCUGGGUCUUCCAACCUCUCUCAUCGCAACAAAGCUAUUAUGGCCUUGGAGGAACACAACGACGCGGCCACCAUAGCGGGAACCUUUAUCGGCGAAUUUAAGAUUCCCUUGGAUUUUUUCAAAGAAAGCGAGUCACCCCAACAUCAAACCAAACUCUACAUCCUCGAUUUUCUCCAUUCUUGCUUGCAAGCGAGCCCGGAUCGACCCACGAUCGCUCACUUGCUUCUCGGAUUCCGCUGCGGGGCUAGCACACUUGAGAUCGAGCCUGGUAGCCCAUUCGACCGAAGAUCGUCUCUAUUUCAUGAGCUAUUGCCGGUGAUGAUUGAGGUCCCGUCGUUGAACGAAGAGGGAUCCAUGGUUACGUGGCUCGUGAAUUUUAGGUACAAAGUUAUGCGAAUUCUCAGAAUACUCUGGAGUUCUCCGCUAUCAGCUAGGAUCGUUCUUGAAGAACUUCGAGAAAAUGAUUUCCUUUUUCAUAUUCUGAUGCAGGGUCUGGUGGUUCAGCAGAACCUUCUAUGGGAUGGGGUUGAAGCUAGCGGGCCCGACUUCCUUGCCUGCCCUGCCGCUGAAGGCUACGUUGAUUUUCUUUCGAUGAGGGCGAUGGCGCUUGAGUAUGUUACUCGCGAGCUUUGCAGCGUCUCCCUUGGCCACACGCCCGCGCUGAAACGACGGAUAUUUGACGCGCUCGGCGGCCAAAUUAAAGUCGACGGCCUAGAAAUUAUAUCGGUGCCCUCGGCAUUUGAGUUUCAAGAUUCCCUACCUCAAGAGUCUCAGUUCGCAACUGCUCCACCUGAAUUUAGGUUCGUUGGUGAAUUAGAUCUGAGUUCCUGUCUUGAGGAGGAUGAUGACUUGAAUCGAGUGUACAACUUGAACAAGGUACAAGAAAUCUUGCUUUUACGAUACAAUGAAACUAGCAAGUCCGGUCAACUUAUCCUGCAAGAGGACGCUGAACUUAUGGAGCUGGAAAAGGAUAAUCUACUACAAUACCUUCGAUACUUGAACCGAUUUACGCAAGUAAGGUCGUACAGCCUCAAGGUUCUAGCAGCGUGGACGAGACUCCUGAUGGUCAUGACCGAUUGCAACGAAUUUAAAGGCACGAAUAAAGUCUCCUUCAUACUACAAACUCUACAGGCGAUGCUGCCCAGCCUCGAAAUGUAUGGUUCAGAUAACCCCGGCGCCGCCUUAGAGCUGGCAAAACUUGCCAAGGUGUUGUUGUUCGAACUUGAUUUCGAAACCAUGACUUCGACCGAUAAACAAAGUCGAGCGGUGGAGAAUUUGAUCAGCGACAAGCUUUUCCAACUUCUCCAGGUCUGCCUAAGCGCGAUCGCGAAAUGGGCGGGCAACCAAGAACUGCGUGCAGUCUAUUACAGCAUUUGCUAUCGGCACUUGACGGGGCUCGUCGACCACGGACACGGAGUUUCGUCGAGCCUACGAAAGACAGCUCGAACAAUACAGGCGUUCGGUGAAAAGCUGCUAAACGUCGUGUGCGACGACGCAUUUGGCGGGGACGCGGCAUGUCAAUCGGCGGCCCUGAUCCUCCUAGGAAGCCUAGUCCAACUUGGCAAGCAAGAGAAGGACAACUUUGUAGUAGAAGCUCUCAACAGGCUGAACUUCAUCGGUAUUCUCGUCGACUCUCUACGCGACGUGUUAGCGGAAUGGGAGGUUGUCAGUCGGACAGGCGACCCGGAUCAGCAGAACUAUAUCGACGCCAAGCUCGCUCUUCUGCUCCAAUUGUGCCAGACGCGGGAAGGUGCCAAGAAUGUCCUGCAUGCGAAUCUCUUCAGGGCCAUCGAGCAGUCAGGGCUGUUUUCCGUGGACCCCGAACUACAGGUUAAUUCGUCGGAUAGCAAGGCGUUGGAGAGGCACUAUGACCUUCUCGUCAAGGUGGCGCGCAUCAUCGGUGCGGCGAUUGUCAGUCGAGGAUCACAUAACGUGCUGCAGGGCAGGCGCUUCUUGACCGAACACCGAAUGCUAGUGAUGCACGUCUUGAAGCGUUCAGCUGGAAUCGGAGCUGGAGUUGGAAAGACAGAGGAGCUACUCUCCGAACGCGUUAGUGACUUGGCCGAAGCGUUCAUGGUCGUAAUAACUGCGACCGGAUUUCUUGAGUUUGAGGGUGGAAAUUUACAGGAAGACAAAAGACCGGCGCCGAUGCUGUUCCACUAAAGAUAAUUAGGACCGCUUCGUGAGAGCCGUAAGAGGGCCUGGACGACUUUGAUAUCCAGAUGACGCGGUCGAGCAAAAGCUCGUUGGUGGUGGUGUGUACGACAAAAACUCGGACCCGUAGGUCAAUAAGCCUGAUAGUAGCACCACAGGAACGCGUGAGAUCGGUGUUGGCCUUGGCAGUUGGUGUAUGAUACGAUUUAAUGAUGCGAGCCUACCCGCAGGAAAUGAAAUGCAAGAUACCGCCGCAAGGCAUAAAAGGUAUUCAUUAGUAACGAUUCACUGUCAUGUGACUGAUAUGCGCUGAGAACUAGGCUUUUUAGCAUAGCUGGUUUGCGUGCUUUUGCGUGCUGGAAUCAAUCUAGAAGGUC